UUUUACCGACGGGACCUCUUCACAAUCUUCAUCUUCCUCGUCCUCUCGCCCUCCUUCACUCAGCAACUCAAAGAAGAAGAAGAAAAAAACAAUCACCAGUGAUUUCUAAAAUGCGCCGAUCCGUUACCGUUAACCACCGAAAAACUAAACCAAUUUAACUUUCAUAAUUUUUUCUAUUUAUUAAUAUUCGAAAAUGGCGAAUUGGAUCUCUUCGAAACUCAAAGUCGCCGAGACCUUCUUCGAACAGAUCGAUCAUCAAGCGGCGGAGUCGCUGAAAAAGAACGAUUUAAGGUCAAUCGGAUCGGAGGAUCAAAAGGUAAAUAAUGUGUCAUCACCAGCAUUAGUCGGAGGUGAUAAAACGGUGCCGUUGAAGGACCAGCUCAAACGGAAAUCAACUAGUCCUGUACAGCAAACCAGCGUUAACGGUAACGGUAAUGUUAAUGUCGAAUAUAUUGCGAAAUUAAAUGCUGAUCCUAUAGUUAAUGAUAAUAGUAAUUUGUCCAAGCCUACACUUAGUGAUAGUGAUUGGACUCAGUUACUUAGUAGUAAUCCUCCUGCUAGGAAGGAUGUUAAGUCGCCGAAUCGGAGUAAUGGAUCGUCGACGACGAUUCGAGGGUUUAGGAAGGAGGUUAGGAAACAAGGGAGUCCCGGUUCGGGGUUGAGCUUAAAGAGAAAUAAUAGUGUAAAGAAUAAGAGAUUGGAUGUUGCAUUGGGGAAUAGUAAGUCGAAUGGGAAGGCGAGUGAUGAGGAUAAUUACUCUAGCUCGUCUGCGAGUGUUGAAUUGCAUAUUGAUGGUAAGGUUUCGGAUGGGGGAGAGGUUGGUCGGGAGAGUGACAAGAGAGUUGAGAAAUGUGAAGCGAGUGUGUCUGAGGAGGUUGUUUUGCCGAUGGGAAAUAAGGUCUGUUCUUUGGAAAUUUCAUCAUUGGCAUCGGGAAAAGUUGAUGAGGUUUCUGAUGAGAAGAAGGGAGUUGGUAAUGUUUAUGAUAGACAGAGAAGUUCUGUAAAGGAGAAAGAUCAAUCUAGUGCUGCAUUAUCUAGAAGUGAAGGAGAGUCUGAUUCAGACAGUGAUUCGGUUUCAACAUCUGAUUCCGAGAGUGAAAGAGAGAGGGAGAUGAGGGAGAAGAUUUUGGCUGAGAAAGCUGCUGCUAAAGCUGUUGAAGCUAUCAAAGAGCGGGAGAAUAUGGUUGCCAGAUUAGAAGGGGAGAAACAAAGCUUGGAGAAAAUUCUUGAAGAACGAGCAAAACAGCAAGCUCUGGAGGCUUCAGAGCUGCAAACAACCAUGAUGGAAACUAUGGAAGCAGUUGAGGUGGAAAAGCAAAAACACAAUAAUACUAGAAUGGAAGCGCUUGCUCGCUUGGCUACACCUGAGAUUGCAAAUGCCGAUCUUGCAAGAUCGCUUGCUAUUGCACAAAAGACUCUUGAAAUGGAGCUUAAUAGGGUUGCAGAACUUCGACAACAAUUUGAACUGAAAGAAGUUUCUCAUGAAGAACUUAGGAGAAAGAUCUUCAAGACAGGACAGAGCGGAACUUAUCAAAACCAAGCCACAGCUCCAAAAGGAGUUGAAUUUGAACGAGAGAUACUUGAAGCAGAGUAUUCUUUUCUAACUGAUAAAAUUGCUCUAUUGGAAGAUAAGGCAAAGCAACUUGAAGAAAAAAUUGAAAUGACGAGGAAGGAUAUAGAAGAUCCAACAGAAGUUGAGAUUGAGCUUAAACGAAGGCUUGCUCAAUUGACUGACCAUUUAAUUCAGAAACAAGCGCAGGUUGAGGCACUCUCCUCAGAGAAGGCAACCCUUUUGUUCAGAAUUGAGGCUGUUUCAAGGUUGCUCGAUGAAAAUGGGUCAAAUUUGAGGGAUGUUGAAUCAGGAACAUGGGAGAUGGGCGAUUCAAAACUGAGGCCUCUAUUCGAGGAAAAAAUGCGUUCAGGAAGGAAACACUUGGGGUCACUGCUUCAGCAAUUGGACGCCAUUUUCAUAGCCGGGGCAGUGUUUAUAAGGAGAAAUCCAGCAGCAAAGUUGUGGUCCUUAGUUUACCUUGUAUUGCUCCACUUUUGGGUUAUCUACAUUUUCUUAUCGAAUUCAAGAGUGUCGGAUGUGGGCAGAUCUGGUGCUGCUAUUUCCUUGGAAAGCAUCAACCAGACUGCAGGUAUAUAGAUCGUGUUAUUCCACUGUUGUUUCCGCUCCUAAGAAAGGCUGUUUUCGCUUUUGGGGGUGUAAUGUGCAGUGUUCCCCUAACGCCCAAUAAGACACUAAAAUAGAGUAUGAUUUUGUAAUUAUUUAUAGAUAACAGAUAACUAUGAUAUCAAUAAUAUAAUUUUUUUCUGUAAAAAACACUGUUAUAAUGCUAA